AGCUCCUGCCUGAAGAGUCACUAAGUCUCUUUUUUCAAGAAUGUCGUAAACAAGCCUCACAGGAUUUUGAACUCCACAUGCCACGGGGUCGGUACUGGCGGCAUCGUCUCUGUCCUGAACUUCCCAGCAUUCCUAGUGAGUAUGCUGGGUUGGUGGUCCGCAGAGUACUGGAGCCGGUGCUGCAAGGAUUGCAAGGACUGCCACCUCAAGCCCAGGCCCCCGCCCUCAGCCAGGCGCUGACUGCCAUCCUGGGUGCCUGGCUUGACCACAUCCUCACCCAUGAGAUCCGGUUCAGCCUGCAGGGGGCACUGCAGCUCAGACAAGACUUUGGAGUUGUCCGGGCGUUGCUGGAGGAGGAGCAGUGGGGCCUGUCCCCAGAACUUCGUCAGACUCUGCUCAUGCUCAGCAUCUUCCAGCAGCUGGAUGGAGCCCUGCUGUGUCUGUUGCAGCAGCCUCUGCCCAAGACUCAAAUCCACAGGAGGCCUCUGUGUUGCUGUGCAUGUAAUGAGGUCCAGACCAUGGAAUUGCCCAGCAGCAGCCUCAACAGUCUGGAGAGCUUGGAGCCCCCUCUUCGGCCUGGAGCAACCCCAGCCCAGACACCUCAGCUGCUAAGCACACUGUGGGGAGGGGGACCCAGCCCUGAGGCUUACCUGGUAGGAAAUCAGCAGGCCUGGCUUGCCCUGAGGCAGCACCAGCAUCCCCGCUGGCACUUAUCUUUUCUUUCCUGCCUGGGGGCCAGUUCUGAAUCCUAAGGAGCCACAUCAGAAGCCAGAAAGUCAGAACUCCCAUCUCUGUCUGAAAAAGCCCAGACAUUUAGAAAUGCUUCUUAAAAAAAAGCCUAAUUGGCAGCUUGGAAGAAAGGAUACUUGAGAACCACAAGCUAUACAGAGCCUGGACUUAAAAAGCUAAGAAUCCAAGAUCACUCCAGUGCCUGGAAUUCAGAGUAAACAGCAUAACCACAGCUUGGGACCUAGCGGUCAGCACCCUUGAGUGGCUCAGGCUCAGAUCCCUAUCAGUGAAGACAUCUCAGAGUAGAUACUGGUCAUAGGGGGCUAGACGCUGGGAGAAAGUCUUUAGACUUGAAUCCCAGGGAAAGGGAAAGAGAAAAAGCAGUAGAAAGCAGGCAGCCUAGAUGCCACUUCCUCUUAAGUCCUAGGAGCCAGGUUAAACACAAGAGAGGCUGGGACACUACUACAAAGUUAAUUCAUCAAGAACCAUAGAGGUGGAAAAGGAAUUUCUAUACCUAAGUCAGUACCACAGGCUGUAUUGUAUUACCCUGUACUCCCCUCCCCAUUACUAUUUUUAAAAACAUUAAACAUUUAAGGACCUUCACAUGUAAGCUUUGGUUACCCAGCGUUCCACAUAUUUAAUCUUUAGUUACCUGAGUGGGGUUUACCCCCUGGUAGGUUUAUGAUCCCUGCCGUGGUAGUGCCCUUUCCUUGGAAGGCACCAGCCCUUGAAGACAAUGUUAAUCUAGGUCUGGCACAGCAGGGUACAGAGGAGAAAAGGCUGUAGAAGACAUGUUACUGGGGCCAGGUGCAAACAGGUUUGCGCUAUUUAUUGUCUUCACCGUGGUAUAAGAGUGCUAUUAAUGACAGGUAGUAGUUACUGCCCGAGUUCUUUGACCCUCCCCCGCGCGAAACCCUGUGCCUCCUCCUCUCGGCUGGAGAAUCUGCCCUCCACAGAGGGCGGGUCGGUGGAAGUCGGCCGCCCACCGCGUCUCGCAGUAGCGACACUUCCGCCCGCACGAGUCCUUCCGGAGCGGAGGUCACCAUGGCGGCGGCCUUGGCUCGGCUCGGACUGCGCGCUGUCAAGCAGGUUCGGGUUCAAUUCUGCCCCUUCGAGAAGAAUGUGGAGUCUACGAGGACCUUCCUGCAGGCGGUGAGCAGCGAGAAGGUCCGCUGCACCAACCUCAACUGCUCGGUGAUUGCGGACGUGAGGCACGACGGCUCCGAGCCCUGCGUGGACGUGCUGUUCGGAGAUGGGCAUCGCCUGAUUAUGCGCGGCGCUCACCUCACCGCCCAGGAGAUGCUCACUGCCUUCGCCUCCCACAUCCAGGCCAGGGGCGCGGCGGGGAGCGGGGACAAGCCCAGCGCCAGUACCGGGCGCUGACAGCGCGGAAGAGACCACCAACAAGCAGAUUUUAAUCUGAGACUGCUAAGGACAUUUAUCUAAGAAGAACUUAAUUACUCAAAUCACUAUCUGAAGGGCCGCGGAGCACCGAAAAAAUUAAGGCCUGUGACUACAAAUCCAACCAGUGUUUCUGGGUCGAGAGAAGAUGGGGAGGGGCCUGGACAAACUUGAAUUUAUUUUGCUUUCUUAGCUUUAUCACUGUGUAACCCUUUUGAGUUUGGCUUUUCCCACCACUGCUCAAGGCACCUCUUAUUUCCGUUGCUGUUUUCUCAGUCCUCGUCUUUCCAUCUUAGUAGCAGCUGCCACGCUAAUUCACUCCGUUGUGGAACUUCUUUUCCUCUCGGGUCCUUUUUCUUCUCUUAACCAUAAAAGUGUACUACUCUCUUUUUUCUCUUUAUUUUUAGAGCAUCUCAUCUUCUCUCAUAACCUCUUGGGUUAAACUGCAUUUCUGUUUGGCUCUAAUCUCAAAUUGCUCCUAAUUCCAGCAACAUGCUUGGUCCAAAAAGGAACUGAUAAUCUUACAUACUUUGUACUGUUGACCCUUGAACAACGGUGGUUUGAACUGCACAAGUCCUCUUAUAGGCCUGUUUUUACAAUAAACAUGCACUACAGUACUACA